AUGGCGCGCCCAUUUCACGGAACUAUGCGACGAUUUUACGACAAUGCUCCCCCGUUUUUUGUACCUGGACCUCAAUUCUAUGCAACUGAUCGCAAAUUCUACGGAACUGGCCGCCUAUUCUACGGAAAUAGACGCCAAUUUUACGGAACCACUCGUCUAUUUUCGGAACGUGUCAAGGAUGUCUCGGAAUUCCUCGAGGAUCUUCGGAAUUUGGCGCACAUUUUACGGAACCGUUCGACGGUUUUACGGAAUUGGUCGACGACGUUACCGAAUUGGCGACGAUUUUUCGUCAAUUUCGACAAGUUGACGGAAAUGGAACACGGUAUUUCAAAAAUAAUUGACCACUUGUUUGAAAUGGGCAACGGCUUUACGGAACUGGGCAAAGAGUUUUCGAAAAUUCGCGCGCAACAUACGGCAAUGUACGCCCAGUUUACGGAAUGA